AUGAAUCUGACUUCGAGUCAUGGUGCUGUAGGCAUAUUCCAUACACCGAAUAAGUCGGGACCCUUGGUCUGCGCCACUCGAAUGCACGACAAACCCCGAUAUCCAACACGGAAGCUAGGAAGACUUCUACGCUAUCUGGACCUUCAGCGGCUCCUGCUUUACCGGCGUCCACGGCCGAGGGAUGCGUCCAAUGUUCGGCGAGCACAUAGUCACGUGGAGGGGCCGGAGCCGCCCAAGCCCGGUCAUGUGAUGUCCGCCCUGGGCUCUUCGAGCUCAGCAUACCUACUUGCAACGCACCCACCAUCACUUCGCAGUAUACCGACACUGUGGCGGCGCUUGGUGGUCUUACCAGUGUCCCUCUGUGCCAAGACCCGCUCUUUUCUAACACAGCUCGCUACCGCUUGGUGGUUCUACAGUGUCUACACCAGGCUCUCCUUCCUGCCACUUUGUGUUAUCGUGACACCGUGUUCCCGGCCCCGCUUACCUAAGCCACUAACAAUAACAAUGCGGGGCAUAAGGGCACCCGUUUCAAGUGAGUAUCCACCCCACAUUUCUCAACCACGCCCUACUCGCUUAAGUGGCCAUCCAACAAUUCAUGCAUUCGGCAAAAGCCGUCAAGUAGACCCCACCCCACACAAACUCCAGGGGAAACAAGGCACAUGCAUACCACACUUGACCCAACACAAGGCACCAGGCACAAGGAACAAAGCACAAGGGACCGCGUGCGGUGAGGUAAGCCGGAAGCACAAAAAUACAGUGGGGCAGCGUGGGCCUCGAAAUGCAGUGCCAGCAAACAGUUUGGGAGCCCCUGUUACCAAGUGGCCGAGAGUACUCGUUGAAUGUGCGUGCACUUUACGAGCGAACUUGGCCAGAGCGACGACAAGCACUUCGACUUCGGGGUCCUACUAA